CGCCUUUUGUACUCUCCUCCUUGCUCUCUUCCUUGUACUGUACCUGAAAGCGGAGGCGAGACGAAACCCUCCUCCCUCCCCGCCCCCUCCCCUCUCCAAUCUCCAUGGCUCAAGACGAGGUCCCGGAGUCCUCCUCCCCCUCUUCGGCGGCGACUGGUCGCCUGAACGCCGCCGCCCCGGAGUUCACCCCCCGAUCCGCCGCCCAGCACCAAGCCCGUCCACAUCGCCGCGGGCCCCACCAUCAGCACCACCACCACCACCAGCCGCAUCACCAGCACCAGCAGCAGUACCGCCACCAGCACCACCACCAGGGAGAUGGUGAGGGGGAUGCCGCGGCGGUGGUGGAUAACGCCCAGCUCGUCCUGCCCGAGGAACUCGCUCGCCGGGUCGUCAAGCAGGUGGAAUUUUACUUUAGUGAUGUCAAUCUAGCUACAACUGACCAUCUGAUGAAGUAUAUUACUAAAGAUCCAGAUGGAUUUGUGCCGAUGACAGUGGUUGCAUCCUUCAGGAAGAUUCGAGAAUUAAUUGAUAGAUCCUUGUUGCCUGGUGCAUUACGUACAUCAACAGAGCUGGUAGUUUCAGAUGACGGGAAGAUGGUUAGGCGACGGGUGCCCUUCUCUGAUGUGGAUGCUGAAGAAGUUCAGUCUCGAAUUAUUGUUGCUGAAAGAUUACCUGAGGAUCAUCGUUUUCAGAAUCUUAUGAGGAUUUUCUCCACUGUUGGGAGUGUGAAAUCAAUCCGUACUUGCUAUCCACAAGGGAUCGAUAUUUCUGCCGGCAAAUCAUCAAGGAUCGAGAUGAUUUUUGCUAAUAAGCUGCAUGCUUUUGUGGAGUAUGAAACUGUUGAAGAUGCUGAAAAGGCGGUUGCAGAGUUUAUUGGCGGCAGAAGCUUGAGAGAUGGGCCUAAAGCUCAUUCGCUGCUUGACUGCCUGAAACAUGGGGUUGGUCAAGGAAGAAAAGGUGGAGAUGAGGAGGCUGCAGAUGAAGAUGAUCCUGAAGAGUAUGAAGCAGAAGAUGCUGCCCAGGGUGAGGAUGGUUUCUAUGACAAAGCUGGAAUGAGGCAAGGGAGAGGUCGAGGACGUGGGGGAAGAGGCCGGGGCCGGGGCCCAUACCAUGGCCAGAGCGGACAUCCAAUCGGCACUCCUCCAUCGAAUCAUAGUGUUGAGCACCCGGUGGUGUCAAAGCCACCUCCUGGUCCGCGUAUGCCGGACGGCACAAAAGGAUUUGCCAUGGGGCGUGGGAAGCCCCAAGUUAGCCCCGCAGUGCUGUCUGAUGUUUAGUGGUACCCUCUACUCGGGAGGGGUUGGCAGAAGGGCGCUUAUAUGAUGAUCCAUUUUGAUGUGAUCCCAUGAAGAGGAAGGAUAUUAAUACCCUGAUACAUACAUGCAUCAUGUAUACUGCGUUACCGCUGGUCGAUGGACCUGUCUUUUGGUCUGAAUUUCGUAGUUGAAGGAAAUUCAUACUUGACUUGACAAAUCAACAGAAAGAAGUCUUCAGUGGGAGGAGCAAA